AUGACCUCAUUGCAGCAACUCCCAUGCCAUCUCGGAUGACCCACGGGGUCGCCUGCUGGUCUAAAUCGUUGUGCGCACCGCAGGACGAUCUCGAAUCUCGUCGCCGGCCUCGUCCUCCCGAACGCCGUCGACUAUCUCCUUUCCUGCCGUUCCUCGACGGACCCACGGUCGUCUCCAGCACCUUUCGACCCUAGCGCAGCCGGCGAUCUCUUCGGAGACGAUUCCAACCUAGCGCCGCCGCCGAGCUCACUUUUCAUCUCCGGUCGAUUCCCACCCGAUCGCUCCCAUGAUGCCAGAAGAUUUCCCUUCUGAGGGGGAAUAAUCAGGCCAAUUCAAAAUAGUCGGCUCUUGCAGUUUCCAUUUUGCGACCGAGGCGGUGGAUCGAGCGUAGUAGCGACUGGCAUCCGGGAAGGCGAAGUCAGGUAUGAUAGCGGUGGAGAACUGAGGUAAAAGACCCUUCCUUGCAUCCGCUCAGGAUUUCUAAUUAACUUCAUCAAGGCAAUUUCCUCCUAGCACUCAGUCCCAAAUGGGAAGAUUAACCGUCGUUACUGUGGUUAGCCUUUGGGUUGUUCCAAUAUUGAUCAUGGUGAAUUGGUUUGUCCGUGAUCCGUACAUGGAUGAGAUAUUCCACAUCCCUCAGGCACAACAUUAUUGCAGAGGGGACUUCUGGACCUGGGAUCCCAUGAUCACCACUCCCCCUGGCUUGUACUACCUUUCACUGGCCUAUGUUGCUUCCCUGUUCCCAGCUAUGUGGUUUGCUGAGACUUCCAUGACAUUGUCUUCAAUUUGUUCCACUUCAAUUAUCCGAUCAACUAAUGCUGUUGUAGCGAUCAUCUGCUCUGUAAUAAUUUAUGAUUUACUCAUCCAUUUAAGACCUAAUCUUGGUGAAAAAAGAGCCACAACCUAUGCAAUUGUGCUAGCUUUGUAUCCACUUCACUGGUUUUUCACAUUUUUGUAUUACACCGAUGUAGCUUCACUGACUGCAGUCCUUGCAAUGUACCUGGCUAGUAUAAAAAGGCACUAUUGGCUCAGUGCUACGCUUGGUGCUAUUGCAACGCUGUUUCGACAAACAAAUAUUAUAUGGAUGCUCUUUGUUGCUUUGGAUGGUGUUAUUACUUGCAUUGAAGACUCGUGUGAAAAUGAUUCUCUUUCGGGAAGCAAACAUAAAAUAAUGCUCAAGGACAAUGGUCUUCAGACCCAUUAUAUGAGUAGUCUAACAUCUUCGGGGUUGAGAAAACGAAGAAUGCAUUCCUAUAAUGGUCAAGAGUCUACAUCCGAGGGAAUCAGUUCUCCACACAACUCUCCAGGUUUUCUUGAUGAGAUCCUAGAUGUCACUUUCAAGUUAUGGAGCUUGAAAUGGGAACUCUCAAUUGCAUUUUUCCCCUUUGCCCUGGUGCUGUUAGCAUUUGUGGCUUUUGUCAUCUGGAAUGGGAGUAUAGUUCUUGGUGCCAAAGAUGCUCAUGCAGUAUCCCUACACUUUGCCCAGAUGUUGUACUUUGGUCUAUGUUCUGUGGCUGCCCUUGUUCCUGUGCAUUUGGAACAAGCUGCAAGUCUAUUUCAAUCUUUUAGAAUGCACAAGAUUAUUCGCUCUUCUCAAUUGAUGGUGGCUCUUCUCUUUGGAUUUUUCGCUGUACACUUUUUCAGCAUAGCGCAUCCAUACCUCCUUGCUGACAACCGUCACUACACCUUCUACAUAUGGCGGAGGGUUAUUCAGGUUCACUGGACAACUAAGUACCUCCUAAUCCCUCUUUAUAUCUACUCCUGGUUUUCGAUCGUCAGCAUACUACGGAAGAAUCAGAGAACAAUCUGGGUUUUCUCUUAUGUUGUUGCUACUGCACUUGUUCUAGUACCUGCCCCGCUCAUCGAGUUCAGAUAUUAUACCAUACCAUUCUACUUAUUGGUACUUCACUCCCCUAUUCCAAAAAUUUGCAAUUUACGACUUAUCUGGUCGCUCUACGUUGUUGUAAAUAUCUUCACUAUGUACUUGUUUUUAUUCCAGCCCUUCCACUGGGCUCAUGAGCCUGGUGUUCAGAGAUUCAUAUGGUAGUUCUGCUUAAAAUUAGGUAGUUUUGAAUAGGAUUUAGCACAAAUAUUUUGAAAACAUAUUUCAUGGUUUAGUUAUCAAUUGAUUAUUUAUCUCAAACUCAA